AUGUCAGGAUGUAACGACAUCAAUGAUGCUAAAGCCCAAAUACAGCAGUUGAUUGACCUUCUUCAUCAAGGUGGGUUUGAUUUGAGAAAGUGGGCCAGCAAUACACCAACCCUUUUAGAAAAUAUUCCAGCUGAACACCAAACGUUGCAGAUCUCAAUGCCCGAACAAAACAGUGUGUCUGUGUUGGGAGUUUCAUGGAACACUACAAGAGAUACCUUUUCAUUUAAAGUUGAACCUCUACCAUGUUUGGAACGCAUCACUAAACGCGAAUUAUUAAGUGAAAUUGCCCGCACUUAUGACCCAUGUGGAUGGCUGGCACCACUUAUAGUCGUCGCCAAGAUACUCAUGCAGCAACUGUGGCAGACUGGUACCGAGUGGGAUGAUCCUGUGCCAAACCAACUACUUGAACAUUGGAUCGCUCAUCGAUCAUCAUACGAACAUUUACAACGAUUUGAAAUCCCACGCCAUGUUGGUGACAUCUUAGAUUGCCAACAGGGCUGCAUCUUACAUGGAUUCUCCGACAGCUCUGAACGUGCCUAUGCAGCUGCUAUCUAUAUCGUUUCAAAUGGCACUGGACAUUUAUUGGUGUCAAAAACAAGGGUUGCACCAUUAAAAAGGAUUACUAUACCUAGACUGGAAUUAUGUGGUGCUACACUAUUAGCACAACUGAUGCACUCAUUGAUAGAAUCACUCCAAUUAAAAAUUGAUACAAUAACAAUGUGGACAGACUCCACAGUCACAUUACAGUGGAUACAAAGUGACGCCAACAAAUGGACCACUUUUAUAUCCAACCGAGUUAGCCAAAUACAAUCAUUAGUUCCGAGAGCUGAAUGGCGACAUGUACGUUCUGCAGACAACCCUGCUGACCUGGCAUCCAGAGGAGCUUCUGGUGAUCAACUCGUAAAUGACCAUUUGUGGUGGCAUGGACCCAGCUGGCUGUCUGAAAAGGAUAAGUGGCCAGAUUUCAAUUCAAAAACUACAACGGCUUCAGAUGCAACUGAAGAGUUAAAACAUCUACCUACUAUCACUGUAUCACUGUUGAGCAAUAUUGAUCCAAUAGGGCAAGACCUAUUGAUGAAAUGUUCAAAUUACGAACGCCUCAACCGCAUCGCUGCUUACAUCUAUCGAUUCUGUUACAAUUGCAAAACACCAAGGCGGCUGUCAGGACAUAUUACUGUGCCAGAAUAUAAACAAGGAGUACUUUUCUGGAUCCGUAUUGCACAACUCUCUGUUUUUAGCGAUGAAAUGAAACGAAUCAAGUCAUCCAGACCAGUUGCGACUAAUAGUGUGUUAGCUAGUCUUGAUCCUUUCAUUGAUAAUGAAGGUUUGCUACGCGUUGGUGGAAGACUUCGGUAUGCUAACAUAUCCUAUGGUCAGAAGUAUCCGAUUUUGUUACCUAAAAAUCAUCCAUAUGUAUAUUUAAUUAUAAAACAUGUUCACUUAUAUUACUUACAUUCUAGCCUUGAAGUAACUAUGUCAGUGAUUCGACAAAAAUAUUGGUUGAUUCACUGUCGCAGCACCAUCAAGAAAGUUAUACAUGACUGUAUACCAUGUGUACGUUCUCAAAAGGAACUGUGUCAACAAAUCAUGGCUGAUCUCCCUGCAGCUCGUGUUACCAUGGCUCCUGUUUUCGCUCGAGUGGGAGUUGACUUUGCUGGGCCAAUAACUACCAAACCUGUUGGAGUACGUACACGCACGGUUACAAAGUCAUACAUUGCUCUAUUUGUAUGUAUGACAACAAAAUCUAUACACCUGGAAGUGGUGAGUGACUUAACUACGGAAGGAUUUAUUGCCACUCUAAAACGCUUUGUUAGUCGUCGUGGGUGUCCAACUGAUAUCUAUUCUGACAACGGCACUAACUUUGUGGGUGCAAAUAAUAAAUUAAAGGUUCUGUAUAACUGUCUUUCCAAUAAUGAAUUUCAAAAAUCAAUAACUACACAUUGUGUUUCUAAUAACAUAAAUUGGCAUUUCAACCCACCAGCAUCCCCACAUCAUGGUGGUUUAUGGGAGGCUAAUAUAAAGAGUACUAAAGUCAUUCUCUAUAAAAACAUGGGAAACAUUGUAUUUACCUUUGAAGAACUUAAUACAGUAUGUUGUCAAAUAGAGGCUAUAUUGAAUAGUCGACCUUUGUGUGCACUUGAUGACGGUACUGUGUUGACACCAGGCCACUUCAUUAUUGGACGUUCACUGUUAGCUGUUCCUGAAGACGACAUCGGGCCUAUUGUCAACCAUCGAAAGCGCUGGAACAUUUUACAAAGAAUCACCCAGACUUAUUGGAAACAGUGGUCAAAUACUUAUCUAAAUAAUCUGCAACAACGAUCCAAAUGGCGCAAACCUCAAGAUGAUUUAGCUGUAGGCGAUAUAGUCAUACUACGUGACACUGGAACACCUUCUACUCAAUGGCCCAUGGCGCGUGUAGUCGAAGUAUUUACCGAUCCUGCGGACAAUCAUGUACGAGUCGUACGCAUACGCACCUCAAAAACUGAACUCAUACGUCCUAUUACAAAACUAGUCAAACUUCCUAUUGAACAUUGA